AUGUCUCCUCUUCACUUCUCUCAGAUCAACUACGAAACACCCUCCAUGCUCUCAAUGGUCGACAAAUACUUUAAAGAAUACACGAGUCACGACGUAGUUUGGAAACUAGCGUUGUUCACCAACGUCUUGGACAUCCGUCCCGAGUAUGAAACCAAAUCAACUCGUGCCUUUUUGCUGAGACGCUUAGAAAAGACAUGGAAACUUGAAUAUAUCAAGCGACAUCAAACACUCUC